AUGGAAAGCGAGAGUGAAGCUCCCGAAGAAUUCUCGGACCCCAUCACCCUCUCCAUCAUGGAGGAGGCCAUGAUGGCCACCUGCGGGCAUUCGUUCUCGCGGGUCAGCAUCACCACCUGGCUGCGGCAGAACCACCCCUCGUGCCCCGUGUGCAAGCGGUCCCUAACCGAGGAGCAACUGGUGCCCAACUACGCCCUCCGCUCCGCCAUCGAACGCUACCGCGCAAAGCACCCGCACGACGACCACCACCACAACCACUACGCCGGCGGUGCCCAGGUCGGCGUCUAUAGUCUGCCGCCCGACCCGGUCAAGCCUUCGCCGAGAUUCGACGCCGAGGCCGACGCGCCACCACCGGUGGCCGUGGUGCCGUCUGCCCCGCCGAUGGGCGGUAGUGAAGGCGGAGACGAGGAGGAGUGCUGCGGCUGCUGCGGCUGCAUGGAGGACAUGACGCGGGAGGCACGGGCGUCGGACCAGGGCUGCUUCUCGUGCACCUGCGAGGGUCCGGUCUUCUGCUGCGCCAGCGCACACCAGUGCGAAGAGGGCAAGUAUGUGUCGGUGUCGGCGUUGACGUGCAUGUUCUGCUUCGGGACGGAGAGCACCUACAAGCGGCGCACGGCCGCGGGCCUCUGCUUCCCGUUCUUCGCGCUGCUCAUCGGCCUGCUCGCGGUGCUCGAGGUCGUGUUCCUGGUCGUGUUCUGGAUCCUGGCGUUCUUCGUCAUCUCGCCCCUCUACCUCUUCGUCCGCAUCCCGAUGAUCGUCUUCUGCGAGGGGUUCUUCAACGAGAGCGUCAAGCCCACCUGCUGGGACCAGACCUUUGGCUGCAAGAGCGGCGGAGGGCGCCGGGGGCGCGGGCGCUGGCUUGCCUUUGCCCUUCGGUUUGGUGCGUGCGGGCAAGUUCGGCGCGGCGCGGAUGAGGUCGAACAGGAGGGACAUAUUGAGUCUCGCCAGCGCCGAUAUGGGCACGAAUCCCACCGCACCUACCUCGUGGGCCAGCUGCCAGGCCUGAGCACCGUGACUACUGUGGCCCAGCGGGUCUUUCAGGGGCCAGUGCGCCAGAUCGCGCAGAAGAUCGAGCUUGGGGAGGCGCACCUUGCGGGUGAUCUCAUCGUAGGAGCCUCUGUCAACGAGACUAAAGAAGAGGACGAACACAUCGGUGUUUGGGUAACACAGCGGCCGUAG